AAAAAGGAAAGAAGAUGAGAAAUGUCUCUCAGCUAGACAAGACCCCCAUCCGUCGUCGUUGACCCCUUUCCGCCAUAAAAUCCCAACACCUGUUUUCUUGCAUCGAAACCAUCCCCUUGCCUUGUUUGCUUGGACAGAUGACUCCUUGCUAGUUUUUUGAAGAUCCGGCCGUAUCUCUUCGACCUCAAAGCUGCCGCCUUUGGAUCCGAUGGAAUCACAAGGACCUUCUAAUGGUCAUCCCAUGGAUAUCAGCAGCAAUUCAAUCCCAUCGUCUGCCUGUAAUCUGUGCGGAAGAGUCGUUCAAUCUGCUUCCGAUGAUCUUGAAAUCUUCAGCUUAUGUGUCGACUGUAAGUUUUUGUUGCUUGAAGAUUUCGGCACUCCCGCGCCUCCCUUGGCUCGGCGGCAGACAAUUAGGAGGAGGAGGAUGAGGAGGAGGAGAAGAACAACUAGGCACGACAGCUCUGAGUCUGUCGGUGUCGGUGAUCUUUCCUCCCAACAAUUCACACACUUGAUAAGCAUUGCAAGACAAAGCCUUUCAACGGUUCAAGCUAGUGAGGAUCUACGUGAUGACCUGCGAACUAGCUCCCAUACCACUCCAAGCGGCUCGACAAGAUGGAGACUCUUCUCAGAAUCUGAAAGUGAUGAUUUUGACAACUUUGGCGAAACCGAAUCAAACGCUAGCUUUAGCCUCUACAGAUUUCCCCAUGCUGAUAACGAUACCAUUUCUUUUAGUGCUUACGGUGGAGAGUCUGAUGCUUCCACGGACAGGCAUGCCGAUAUCUUUGUUCAACCAGAUGACAGGAGCGACAUUGACUUUGACACUGAUAUAGACCCGAUGCGCGCUGGUCUUAACCAGUGGAACUCAGACGAAGAAGACAGGGAAUGGGAGGAAGGAGCGGGUCCUUCUGGGGUUGCAGGAACACGCUAUAGAAACUAUUUGGCAAGUCCAAGUGAGAGCUACAGCUCCAUGACUCGGUUUGAUUCACCUGAGUUAGAGAGAAGCUUUCGUCAAAGAAUUAUAGAGAGGAGGCAUUCGUUAUCUCGCAACAUCUUCACUGGUUUGGAGGAUUUGGACUUCUCCCCCUAUGCUGCAAAUGUUGGGGAUUAUCUUGAUGAGAGAGGCUUUGAUGAACUGCUUGAGCAACUUGCUGAGUCUGACAAUUCAAGAAGAGGUGCACCACCUGCAUCUGUCUCAUGCGUCAGGAAUCUUCCAAGGGUUAUCAUUGCAGAGGAGCAUGUAAUGAAGGGCCUAGUUUGUGCGAUCUGCAAGGAGCUUUUCUCCCUCCGCAAUGAAACCACGCAGCUUCCGUGUCUACAUCUAUACCAUGCUCAUUGUAUCGUACCUUGGCUGAGUGCCCGUAACUCCUGCCCACUCUGCCGUUAUGAGCUCCCGACAGAUGAUAAAGAUUACGAGGAGGGAAAGCGGAAUGUGCUGGAUGUGAGCGAGGAUAGCUCCUCCUCUGAUGAUGGUACAGAAUCGGGGGAAGAGGAAUAUGUAGAGAGAGGUGAGAGCGAGUCUGGUGUGAGCAGAGUCAGCAGAGGAAGAUGGCUGUUUCUGGCUGCUGCACCAGUUGUGAGUCUGGUGGGCGUUGUGUUGGCAAUGUGGCUAAGCAGCCCACACAGGAGGGGUAUAGCAAUCUCUCAUAGCCAAAGGGAGAACAGAACCAGAAGAUGGCUGCCGUUUUUCUGACUGAUGCCCAGAUCCGUAGGUGCCUCCAGAAUCUGUAUUUUUUUAAGACCCUUAAAAGAUACUUGAGUUUCGUCUGCUGUUUAUCGACUUGGUACUGUUUCCACACAUUAGUUUUAAUUGACGUUUAACUAAAGUUGUGCUGUUUGUCGCGUGUUUCAAAUAAUAUUCUUGAUAUAUCCAGAGAAAAAGGGAGUGCUCAUUAGUUGAAAAGAGUUAUAAACUAACAUUUACACAGGAAAGGAAAAAAAAAAAAUCAGAAUUUUGGUUGGUUCAGGCACAUAGGAGAUGCCACUGUAUUUACACAGAAGUAUUGUAUAGUAGCAGAUGAAUGUGUCAAUAAGAAGAGAAUUCAGAAGAGUAUGUUAAUGUAGAGUACCAUCCAUCCAGCCAUUGAGAAGAUGGCGAAAAUGUGGACCCAGAAGAGCACAGCAGCUGAUUCCCUUCCACAGCCUCUAAGGUUGGCAACAGCUCCUGAGAGCACUGAUGUAGGCAUUGUGUGCUGAAGGAGUAACACAAAUCGGAACAUCUUAUCAUCAGCAGGAAGGAACCCAAGUUUGUCUGCUACUGUCACGAUUCCUAG